CUAACUUAGAUUCUAAUCUCUCUAUCUUUUUAGACUUGAAAUCUUUAGAUAUGGAGGAAGAGAAAGAAGACGAGUCCUCCUCCCUAAGAAGAGUUUCUGAGGAUGACCGGGAAUCCGAAACAGCUUCUUCUAAGGCCAGCACCUCAGAUUCAGACGCUCAACAAAAUCAAAAAUCCGGUCAAUGGCGCGGGUUCUUCCGUAAAUUGAAAAAAGGACCAGCAGUGGGCUUGCAUACCUUCCAUCCUAGCAUACAUAACAUCAGAAUGCUUGCCACUAAAAAAAGCAGAAACGCAAGACAGAGCUUGCCUGUGCUGGAGGAACCAACUUUAGAUCCUGAAUUGUAUUGCUUCAAGUCAACCUGGAAGAAUUUCUCACUUCCAGAGCUUGAAACUGCAACCGAAAAUUUCAGCCGUGAGAAUGUGAUUGGGGAGGGAGGUUAUUCUGAAGUUUACAAGGGACAUUUGGAAGAUGGGCAACUUGUUGCAAUAAAAAGACUGACCAGGGGAUCCCCAGAAGAGAUGACUGCGGACUUCUUAUCCGAGCUUGGGAUUUUAGUCCACGUCAACCAUCCCAAUAUUGCUAAUGUUAUUGGGUAUGGGGUUGAAGGAGGAAUGCACCUCGUUCUUCAUUUGUCUCCCCACGGGAGCUUAGCAUCAUUGCUUACAGGUGCUAAGGAGAAACUAGAAUGGGGCAUCAGGUAUAAGAUUGCACUAGGCACAGCCGAGGGCCUUUCAUACCUUCAUGAGGGGUGUCAGCGAAGAAUUAUCCAUAGAGACAUCAAGGCUGCUAACGUUCUGCUUCGAGAGGAUUUUGAGCCUCAGGUAUCUCUUUGA